AAACGGCUGACGCAGACGCAGAGAAAAUAAGCAAAAAGAAGAGAAAAAAGAAACGUAACGAGAGCAGAAAAACGGUUUUGUUCGGGUUCGCAACAGGGCAAACAAACCAAACAAGCGACAAUUUCUGUUCUGUUCAUUUCGUCCGUUUAUUCGUCGUGUGUGAUUUUUAGGUUGCAGACCCUGGCAAAAACGAUGAGCGGUGCCGUGAUGUUGUUUGCCUGCUCCAAAUGCUUCUCACGCCACCCGUUCGAGGAGUUGUCUCCGGGCCAGCAGCUUUGCAAGGAUUGUCGCGGUUCGUUCCCGGUGGUCAAGUGUACUUACUGCCGCUCGGAGUUCCAGCAAACGACCAAGGGCAGCACGUCCGCGAUCUGCCGGAAGUGUGAAGCGAACGUGAAGCAGUAUGGAAAACCAUCCGCCUGCGAGCUCUGCAACAUCAUUGCAGCAUUCAUCGGAUCCAAAUGCCAAAGGUGUACAAACUCCGAGUUAAAAUAUGGACCAGCAGUAACGUGCGAUCAGUGCAAACAGCGGUGCGCCUUUAAUAGGCCCGAUUAUAAGGUUGAUGGCAAGUUGCUGUGCUGGCUAUGCACGCUGUCCUACAAACGUGCCCUCACUAAGGCCCGCCAGGUAGAGAAUGAACGGCGAAGGGCCAAGAAACGGGCCGCUGAAGGAUCCUUCCCGCCUCCACUGUCCGGCAGUGGGACGACCGGCAGCAGCGGUAGCAGCGAUCGGCGCGAUCGUAUGCAUGAGAAGUUGAGCAAUUCCGGCGGUAGCGGGGGUGGUGGCGGCGGUCAGGGUAACAGUGGAGGAAUGAAUCUACCGGGCGGCGGCAGUAUGUCCGGUCUGCCACCGCUGGGCGAUCUGAGUAUGGGCCUCGGACCGGGUGCGACUGGCGGCACGGGGGUUGAUCGUAUAGACAGCGGAGGUCCUGGUGGUGGUGGAAGUGGCGGUGCAAGCGGUGGUGGCCGAAACGAUAAUGGUCGACAUUCGUCCUCUGCCUCCAGCAAGAAGCCUCGCUCCGAUACGGGUAAAAUGAUGGUGCCGGACAUGCCGACCGAUAAGCUGCUAAUGAAGAGCGCCAACAGUGGCAGUGGUGGUGGUGGUGGUGGUGGUGGUGGUGGCGGUGGCGGUUACGUCGAUCCUCACAGCUCCGAUCACGUGAUCGCGAUGACGCAGCUAAAGGAAACGAUAGCGACGCUGCAGCGGAAGCUCAAACAGAAGGACGGCGUCAUACUGGAAAAGGAGAAGGAGAUCAGUGCCUGGAAGGGGAAACACUUUCACCUCGAGCAGGAGCUGAUGAAGAAGUAUAAAGACAUGGAGAAGAACUACGAGUUCAAGCUGGACGUGCUCAACAAGAAGCUCAAGGCGCAGCUGCUCGAGAUAGCCGCCCUGUCGAAGGCGGUCAAGGAGCGGGACGAGAGCAAAAAGAAGAAGGUGGUGGUGAGCGCCUAUCUGGCCACAACCAAGCUGAGCAAGGUAAGCAAAUCAUCGGGCGAUUCAAAGGACGGCUCGGACAGGGAGAAAUCCGUGUCCGCGAUCGGUCGAAGCGGCGGCGGCGGCGGCGGUGGUGGCCGGAACCGGAUGCUCGAUGAUGACGAUGACGACGAUGACGACGACAAUGGCAGUAACAAGGAGGAUAAGGAGAACGACAGCGAAAAGGGUUCGGACAAGGGUGGUUCCGGGCGAAACACGCCACGCGACAGUGGCAAGGACAGUCCGCGCGACGUGGAUUCGGGCAAGGAGAGUCCGCGCGAGUCCGACAAGGAGGAUGAGAGCGAGAAGAAAGCAUCGAAACAGCAGCAGCAGCAGCAGCAGCAGUUGCAGAACGAAGACUCACAAAAUGCUUCCGAAGCGUUGCCGCACGAAGCGUACGACGACCAGCCGAACAAAGCGAACAAGAGCAACGGGUCCUCGACGAAGGAUGAGGAGGAUUCGGACCGGGAGGAGGAGAAGGAUGACCGCCGUAGUUCGGACCGCGGAUCGGAGGAUGGAUCGGAGGCCGGAUCGGAUCGUGGCUCGGACCGGGGCGGUUCCGGUCGGGGCUCGGACCGCAGUGACAACGAGUCGGACAAGGAGAGCGAUCGGGAGGAUCAUUCCGAUAAGGGUGGAAGCGACAAAGAUAGUGACCGGGACGACGGAUCGGGCAGUGGUUCCGAGAGUGACCGUGAUUCGGAUUAGGUUCCAAUCGCUAGGUCGGUUGGUGGGUUUAUGUGACAAGGUGGCCAUUCACCGCCAUGGUCUGUACCGCUGGUUGAAACAGUAAGGGAAAUGCGGCCAGAUGCGCCCGCGUCCUCCUGUGCUCCAUUUAUUUUAACACUAUUUAAAUUAGAACAAAUGCAGGAGCGUGUGCAGUUUUCGUACAUAAUAUGCGGCUGCAGCUAGCUUUCCACAGCGCUCGCUCGUUCGUGUCUGCUCAAUGCAGACGGAUUGCUGGCCAGCAAACUUGAAAAGUAGCUGAGGAUAAUAAUUUAAUUGUAAAUGUGCGUGUGCAACCACAUUCAGGGAGCUUCUUUUGAUACGGUCUGUCCGUUCUUCACGACCAAUAGCCCUCAGUUUAGAGAUAUGGUAACGUAAGGGGCGCCUUUCGACUCCAGACUUCCACACAUUGUAAAUGAAGCUGCUAAACAAAUUCUCAGAAACACGCUGUUCCGGAGCCGAUUAUGUGAACAAACGAUACGCAAAUAAAGAUAUUGAAAAUAAAACUAAAA